AUUAAUAUAAGUGAAAACAUUUCAAGAUGUCGGAUGAAUCUGUCACGGAAAAUGACAGUCUCUUAAUGAGUGAAUACAAAAGAGAAAAUUGUGAAGGAAUAACAACCUUUAAUGAGACAAGUGAAUCUGAUCCUAUCAGCCUUCAAAAUCAUCUCGAUAGCGAGACCUGUGUUAAAAUUCCUUUGGAAUGCACGUCAGACAUUCAAGAAGAAACAGAUAUUUUUCCUAGUGACAGUACUGAAAUUCAAAGUUCUGUCCGAGGGCUUCCCCCGGGGAAAAAGUAUCAUAUUUUCACUUCAUGUUCUUCCGAAGAUAUCGAAGAAGUAAACAAAUUAUGCGAGGAAUUGGAGAAAAGAUUCUAUCUCAGAUGCAUGCAGUUUGAGAGAGAUUUUGUGGCUGGAAAACGUUUGGAUGACAAUAUUCAUUCCGAAAUGACAAAAAGUGUGAAAGUAUUAAUAGCAUUGAGCCCAGCCUAUAUUAAAAGUCACUGGUGCAUGAGAGAGGCCGAUGAGGCUGUUCAAUUAUCCUACUCUAACAACGAAAAACUAAAGAUUAUACCUGUUCUAUUGCGCUCAAUAGAUGAACCUGAUAUGCCACCCUUUCUGAAGAAGUACAGGUAUAUAGAUGCACAAAAGGAAGAAGACGUAGCAGCAAAGAUAAUGGAUGCAUACUAUCAUUCAGAGGCUGUGGAUAAAAUCUUAAUUCAAGGUGAACAUGGAUUAACAGCGGAAGAAAUCCAGAAUCAGAAUGGGGCACGUCUGAUGUCGAAGACAUUUAUACAGCAACAUCCAUACAGUGAAAAAGGCUAUGUAUUUGAAACUGAAAGUCUUACUUAUAAUGAGCGAGAGUAUUUGAAAAACAUUCAUGAAAAGUGUGAAGAACAAUUCGAAGCAGCUGAAUGUUUGGUUUCAAGUCAGCGUCUUCUGAAGUUCUACAAGAUCUUUGUUUUAACUAAAUUUACUCACGCUGCAGCCGUUCUCUUGGCUGCUAUUGUGGUGUCCUCUAUAAUGACGCUACAAUACGUAACUGUACUAGUCAGUAGAGAUAUCAGGAACACUUCAAGCGCGUCAUUCCCCUUAGGAGUUUUGCUUGGAUUCGUGCUAUACAUCAUAUUUGUCGUAGCAAUAUUCGUCUUACGUAAAAAGCUGAAAAACAAUAUAAGAAAGAAACUCUGGGAAUUUGUGAACAAAAAGUAUUUCCGGGAGACAAAAUGCUUGAUUGUGUAUGACGAUGUCAUUGUUCGACAGCCUUGUUUGAUGCUUAUUCGCUACAAUACAUCACCAUGCCAGGAAUAUGUAACUAUUCUUCUGGACAAAAAGUAUUUUCAUUUGGAUGAGGAAAAAAUUCAGGCAAUGGCUGCUGAGAAAAUUGAAGAAAAAUUGGAACAAUUGCAGUGUUUGGGACUUUUGGCGGAAUGGUACCAGUUAAGUGUGUACACUUAUAAUCGCCAUAAUACCUGGCUAAGAAAACAAUGUCUCUGUCAGUUAUUGGAGGGAAAUCUCAUCAAACGGAAAGUCAUAACCGUAUAAUGAAGCAACAUUCUUUGACAUGUCCGACGUAACUUGAUUCUUGAAGACCUUUUGGAAAUCCUCCGCUUGCUAUAUAUUUUUUUCAAGUGAAUUCUUAGCUGUUUUGAGAAGAUAGUUAUUAUUAUAUCUUUUGAUUAAACACAGUUGUUAAUGAUAUUUGAUGAUUAUGUACCCGGUAUUCUAAAAUUAUAUUAAAAAAUGCUUUUUUUUAAUAUCAUACGAGUAUAAUUGUUAUUAUUUA